GUGGUGCGGCCCGCUCGGCGGAGGGCGGGGAGUCGGGCGCGGCGCCUCCCUGCUCGCUGCUAAACGCGGCCGGAGCCGGGCGUGGGGCGGCGGUAGCGGGACGGAGCCGGAGCCGGGCACGGAGCGCUGUGCCUGGGAGCCGAGCCCGGAGCAUGGCCGGGGCUGCGGCCGCCGCCGCCGCCGCUGCUGCUGCUGCUGCUCCUCCCGCAGCCCGCGGGGAACUUUUCCCCGCGGCCGGUGCCUCCUGGCGGCGGCGGUGGCGGCGCUUGGGCUCGGCGGCGCCCGGCGGGCCGGGGCUGGGGCUGCUGGGGCUGCUGGUGUCCCGCCUGUGCUGCGGUACCUUAGCUGGACCAAUUGUUGAUCCACAUGUGACAGCGGUUUGGGGGAAGAAGGUUGCACUGAAAUGCAUAAUUGAUGUAAAUGAAACAAUAACACAAGUUUCCUGGGAGAAGAUGCAUGGUAAAAUUUCAGAGACUAUUGCUGUUCAUCACCCUGAAUAUGGAAUUUCUAUUCAAGGAAAAUACCAAGGAAGAGUGUCAUUUAAAAAUUACUCGCUCACCGAUGCAACCAUCAUCCUGAAAAAUGUAAGCUUUUCUGAUGCAGGAGAAUAUAUUUGCAAGGCAGUUACAUUCCCACUUGGAAAUGCACAGUCGUCAAUAACUGUAACAGUACUAGUUGAACCUCUUGUGAGCUUAACAAAAGGACCAAACCCUCUAAUAGAUGGUGCAAAUCAAACAACAGCAGCAAUUUGUACAGCAGCCACUGGAAAACCUGCUGCAGAGAUUGACUGGGAAGGAGGUCUUGGUGAAAUGGAAUCCAGCUCUACUUUGUUUCCAAAUGAAACAGUGACAGUUGUAAGUCAGUAUAAUAUUGUCCCUACACGAUUUGCAAGAGGAAGACGUAUAACUUGUAUUGUGAAGCACCCAGCUUUGGAAAAGGAGAUAAGAUACUCUCAUGUGUUGGAUAUACAAUAUGCCCCAGAAGUUUCAGUAACUGGCUAUGAUGGAAACUGGUUCAUCGGAAGAGAGAAUGUUCAGCUCAGGUGUAAUGCUGAUGCAAAUCCAUUACCUGUGGAAUUGAUGUGGACCAGGUUGGAUGGACAAUGGCCUGAAGGACUGCUCUCUGUCAACAACACUCUGCAGUUCACCAGCCCAUUGACUUACAACUACACUGGGACUUAUAUCUGUAAGGUGACUAAUGCUCUUGGUCAGAGAAGUGAUCAGAAGACUAUCUACAUAUCAGAUCCUCCUACUACUACCACUCGACUGCCCACGGUUCCCUGGCAUCCUUCGACUGAUGGCAUCACAGGUUUAGCAACAGAACCUAGAAUAAUAGAUUUCCCAACAUCAACCUUGCCAGCAAUGCAGGAAGACACUUGGGGUACCGUCAUCGGUAGUGCGGUGGGUGGGGCCCUCUUCCUCAUACUUGUCAGUGUUCUGGUUGGAAUUAUCUGCUAUAGGAGAAGACGGACGUUCCGUGGUGACUACUUUGCUAAGAACUACAUUCCACCAUCGGAUAUGCAGAAAGAGUCUCAAAUAGAUGUUCUUCAGUCAGAUGAUGUGGAUUCUUACCCUGACAGUAUAAAAAAGGAAAUAAAGCAUCCAAUGAACAGCUUAAUAUCUAAAGAUUAUUUAGAAGACCCUGAAAAACCAGAGUGGAACAAUCUAGACAAUAUUAACAGGUACCAGGAACGUUAUGAAAGACCAAUGGAUUACUAUGAAGGUGGAACAUUGGGGAUGAAAUAUAUGGGUGGUGAUUGUUAUGAUGACAAUGAAGAAGACUUUGUUUCUCACAUAGAUGGCUCGGUAAUAUCCCGGAGGGAGUGGUAUGUGUAGUAACCACUGAAAACUAAACUUGUAUCUACAAUUCAUUUCAUUGGCUGAUCACUUUCAGAUUGUUUAUACUUAAACAUGAGAAGGAAUAAACUUUUUGAAACUGAUUUUUUGAAGGUUUUUAUAUUGUGACUUGGCAAAUAUUCAAUCUGGGGAAAAUGUGUUUGAGCUGCUUAUUUUCCCAAUGCUGUACUACUGUUUAAGUUUUUUUUUUAAUGCAGAGUGCUUAUGUUGGUUUAUGUCAGAGGUUAAAGAAAAGCUAAAUUCAACUUACCACUCAAAAAUGUUUAAGAAUAAAAAGUGACUGUCUUGGGUCUCUGAUUCAAAAAGUUUACAUAAGGUAGUGAUAGAGUAUUUUGGGACAUUUACUUUGCAGAUCGAGUAAAUCAAAUAGCCACAUCUAGGUAACAUACAUCUAGAUACCAUCUAUGGUAAACCUAAUGCUUCUAUAUAACAAAUGCUGUACCUGUUAAAAUCAGUUACAGUGGAAUCGAAGCUUUAUUUUUUGUUUUUCUGCACAAAAAUGAAUACCUCUUAGCAUUUUAAUGAGCCUUCUUCUUACUAUGUAUUUAAGAAGUCAUUGCACUGAAAGUAAGUUACCUAUGAGCAAGAUUUUGAGUAAGUACAAACCAGUAAAAGGCUUGUCUUUGAAUAAGAAAUUAUUUUUUUAGUCAUUUAUUUCUAGAAGCUUGUGUGUACAUAUACAGUAUGGUAUUUUGUUAGGCCUGUACUUUGCAGGGUGUCAAAUCAUCAGUGAACUGAAGACUCCCUCUUGCAAGUACAGUACAACUUAAGACCGCUUUCUGAGGUGUUAUAGGGAUCGCAACAUUGAAUUUGAAAGCUGGAGAACUGGACAUAACUAGUAAGAAAACUCCGAUGAAUUUCUAAGCUGAAGGCAAAAGUCAACUUAAACGUUUUCCAGGAUGCCAUUAAACAUGAAGUGUGCUGAGAGGCCUCAAAACCCUUGCUUGAGGUUUUUAUGACCAGAAGUGAAAAUAUAUAUUCUACCCUACUUCUGCAUAAGUUACAUGCCUUGCUUUGAAGAGGGUAACUAGAACUUGAGAUUAUUAAUAGGGAAUUGGAUGUGUGCAUUGCUACUUCAUGUAAUGAAAACAUACUAUGCAAUGAUGCAACUACAGAAUUUAAGAAGCAGCAGUUUAGGAAAACUGUGCAGUCUCUGUACAGCAGUGGAUUUGUUUUGCCUGCAAGUAAUGCAGUGUUUUAACAAUGUGCUUGUUCUUUAAAAAUACAUUGUAUGUAGGACAUCUCAUUUGACAUCAGAAGUAGUUCUACUUUGUCGUGAGUGGUUGCACCCAACUAAGUCUGACUACAAAGAGAAAUUGUGCUGAAAUAAGAUUAGAUAGAUUGUAGAAAAAUGAUCAACUCAGAAUUAAAAAGAAUGGUGUUCAAGUGCUAUCAUUAAGUACUUAGCAUGAAGAAAAACUGAUCUGGCUCUGGAGAUUUGGAACCUGAGAAGGACAAAACCUCUACUACAUUCAAAAUGAAAUGGGCUGCAUAUUUAUGACUGCUUCAUGAGUGGAAUUUCUUACUGGAGUUCCUUCUAUACUCAUCAUUUUCGGUAGCUUACAGCAUUUAGAGCUUGACAAAAGUAGUUGUAUUAAGUGUUGUUAGACAAUACACUGUGAUUGCAUAUGACUGCAUGUCUUCAAAAAAAGAUUAAAACAGCUUUAUUUGAAAUUCAAAUGGAAAUAACUUUUCUCUAAAGAACUUAAAUUCACAUUUGGAUUAAUUGAUUACUGAUACAUAAUUAACCAAAGUCUCCAACUUAUAAGUAAAUGACAGGGUGUAUCAGUAGCUUAAGAGUAAACUUGAGGAAAGGAGUGAAGUUUCUAGCUGAAGGUUCUGAUCCAAAUUCUUUCUGGAAUAAAGAGAUUAUACCUCUCUUCAAAGAAAAAUACUUGAUCUAUCAUCUUUAAAAGAUGGUGUUGGAAACAAACAACCAUAAACCUGUUUUCCACAUGGGAUAUCUUGCUUGUCUCUGUGGAAUUUGUUUUUGUUUUUGCUUUUUAAGAAAUAUAUAUUUAAUUCCAAUGGGUUAAGUUGAAAUGUUUGAGUUGAAGCUGAUCAUAGAUAUAGGGCUUACAAGUGUUGCAAUGUUUUGUACAUUGUUAUGUCUGCUGUAAAAAGAAUUGAUUGUAAGUACAAAUGGCUCUUGUGUGAAUAAAAUUUUUGUUACAUUCUCAAAUCUAGGCAGUGUUAAAAACUCAAGUUUGACAGACAUUGUUAAAGGUGAAGGUAAACGAGCCUAAGAAAAUGGCUAGAAGCAGCUGCAGUAAUGAAGCUGGUAAAGUCGGCUACUGAACAUCUCUUCCCGAAGAUCCUUACUUUAUAAAAUGAGUGGCUUUAGAAAUGAUUUAACUGUAUGACCUUCAGGAAUCAUGAACAGGGGUAGUUGCUAUCCAAACAAAUGCAGUUUAAGCACGAAGGAUACACAAUAUCUAGAAUUCAAAAUAUU